AUGGCUACAAUCGACCCACGUCUGUUCUAUGAACAGGCCCUUGUUGGAAAUGGUAUCACCCAUGCAUUUGGAGUACCAGACUCCUGUCUGAAAGGGCUCUUAAGCUACCUGUAUGCAACCAAGAACGUUCCGGAGCAUAUAGUUACCGCCAGUGAAGGAGCUGCUGUUGCACUCGCUGCAGGGUAUUAUCUCUCAACCGGGAAGCUUGCAGUGGCAUAUAUGCAGAACUCCGGUCUUGCAAAUUCCCUAAACCCUCUCCAGUCUCUGGCUGCGAAAGAGGUCUUUGGUAUCCCAUUGCUACUGAUAGUAGGAUGGAGAGGCCGGCCUGGAGAGCAUGACGAGCCUGAGCAUGUCCUAGCUGGUCCCAUUACCCCCAGCACCCUCGCUCUAAACGGCUUCCCUCAUGAGGUGAUGCCAAGUACCCUUCCUGAACUUGUUGAAACCAUCGCAAGACUCAGCAGAGUCGCCAAGGAAGGUAAUACACCCGUAGCACUGGUUGUGCCAAACCAUAGAUUCGGGCCCUAUGUUCCUGAUAAAACGCCAACGGAUGGCACAGAUGGAGCAAUCAAUGGCAAUGCCAAUGUGAUCACUUCUAAGAAAUACAGAGGUCCUUUGCGAGCUGAGGAGUGGCGAUCAGCCGAAGGAGAGCUUCCAUUGUCACGCGAAUACGCUAUUCGUGCUGUUCUCAAGCAGCUUUACGAAAAGGACGUGACAGUGUCCUCUGUUGGUGGCAAUAGCCGCGAGAUCUACAUGGUUCGCAAAGAGAAUGGUAAAGACCUAUCUCAGAACUUCUUGUCCAUUGGCGCCAUGGGGCACACAUAUCCUCUGGCCUAUGGAGUUCAGAUAGGUCAUUCUAAGGGACGGGUAGUUUGCAUCGAAGGUGAUGGUUCAUUUUUGAUGCAUGUUAGCAAUGUCGCCGUCCUCGCAGCCCACGCACCCCCUAGCUUGAUCCAUGUUGUUAUUCACAACCAGAUUCACUGCUCUACGGGAAAUCAACCAAUCCCCAUCUCUACUGAGAAUCUUCUCUCACUCGCUGGCAGUUUACCCUACAAGCAGAAAUUCUUCGUAGAUACGUCUGAAGGUCUAAUUCAGGCGUGUGAGUGGGCACAGGAGAGUACCCUUAUUGUUGUUGUUGUUAAUCAGUCUGUCAAGAACACUUUGCCUCGUCCUACUGAGCAUCCGUUCGAACUGAGAGAUAUUUAUAUGUCUAGUUUUGCCUGA